AUGGAAAAGAUUCGAUGACCACUAAUCGAUUUUACUUAUAUAAAGUAAGAAAAAAGAACAAUUGGAAUGACAUAGACACAUCAAAAAACCUACACAGAGUCGGGUGGAUGAAUGCCAGCAAAAAUGAUCUGAAAAAUGUUGUGUACAGCAAACAAGCGAAAAAGGGUGCGGGGUCAAGAUUUCUAAUUAAUUUGUGAUGUUUUCACACCAGGUACAUUUUGUUUUGAUUUGUUUCAAAAUGGCAGCCGAGGAGCAAUCUCAAAAACAUGUGGUACAUUCUGCAGAAGAAAUCGCAGUUAAAGUUGUUCAGACUAUCAGAAGAGAUAUUCAUGGUUUAUCGGAUCAAAAUAAAAUAGCACGAAAAAGAGCGCUUGAGAAAAUUUCUAAAGAAGUGUUAAAUAAAUCUCCACCUUAUAAGAAUGAUGUUCUGGAAGUUAUAUUUAAAGAGAUUUACAAGCCAGCAUUAAAAUUGGUUAGUGACCCCAUUGAUCGUACCAGAGAACUAGCAAUCGAGUUAAUAGUCCAAUUCUGUAGUCGUAUUAAAUGCCCAAACGAGUACCUGGCAUACAUUAUUCCAACCAUUCAUCAACGUCUUGCUGCUGAUGAAGUUGUCGAACCAACAGAAGAAAUAAGGCUAUUACUAAUAGAAAGUUUAUCAAAGCUUGUGGAUAUUUACGAUCAAGAGAUUGAUACUUACAUUGAUGAACUAGUUCAAAUUUUACAAAUGACAUUAGUGGAUCCUUUUGGCGAUGUUAGGAAGGCAAGCUGUCUAUGCACAAACAAAAUAGCUUCCACAUCUCCUGAAAGAUUUUAUCAGCAAGGAGAAGCUCUUGUUUCUCCCUUGUUAAAAUCCUUAUCACAUCAACAUAACAAAGUUCGAGCUGCUGUGCUUAAGACAAUUGGUAUUGUUGUUCUUGCUACCAGUGGGAGAGCAGUUGACGAUGUGUUCACUCACAUUGCCCAAAGAACAUUUGAUCAUUCAGCUCCAGUGCGCCUUAUUGUGACAGAAGUUGUUGGAAAAUGGAUUCUUGAGCUGCGUGAUAGAUACUCGUUUUUUCAAAAACUUAUUCCACUGUUACUGAGUGGUCUGUCAGAUGAUAUGCCUGAAAUAAGAGAAGAAAGUUUAAACUACUUUAGAAAGGCAGGUAAAUUAUACGAAGAAGAAAAUGAGAAUGAUUUUAAAGAUAAAUUGGAAUAUCAUACAGUGAAGCAUUAUGAACACUUGUUAGUCCAUGACAGACCUAGCCUAGGUUGUCGAGUGUUGAUACAAAGGAAUUUCUCCAAGAUUCUACCUGCUAUUGUACAUGAUAUCACAGAUUGGACACCAGCAACAAGAAUUAAAUCAGCACAGCUUCUCUACCAUCUUGUUUUCUACUGUGAGGACCACGUAACUAUGCAUAUGGAACUAUUAUCACAAGGUUUAUAUAAAGCUGCACAAGAUGAAGAAGUAGAAGUAAAACGAUCGGUUGUAAAGACAGCAGAACUUAUUGGGCUAUUUGUUGAACCGGCUGUUUAUUGCAAGCUCAUCCUGUCUCAUCUAGAGAAUGUAUCUUCAUCAUCACCUUUAUCAUUGUCAAGUAGUUUAGCCAUCCUGGCAGCUUAUAUAAGAGGCGCCAAUUACGAACUGUUGGGAACUGAAAUAAAGAAGAUUUGCAAAUGUUUGGAGAGUACUGAUAUUUGCAGCAGCGUAGAUGCUACAUGUCAAACGGAGCUAACUGCUUGCCUCAAGGCACUUAUUUCUAAGACUGGCAUAAAUCAUGCCGACAUCAGUUGCAGUGUAUUUAAAAUGCUGCUGAAUGUUUUUGCAGUUGCAUCCUCUGAUGAGAUCAGAAUCAAGGUGCACAGUUUGAUGGACAAUUUAGCGAAAAUGUUGAAUAUGGACAGUCGUUACAAGUUGUUUGAUAGUCAUGCACAAGAAAUAUUAACAGGGUUGAAGUCAACGUGCGACGUGUGGACGAAUCAAUCUCCUGAAUGCUACAUUUUUGUAUCUCUGUUAUCAGAAGCUGGUCCAAGCAUAUCAUGCUUGUUAGACACUGCAGUUCCUAUGUUUGUACAGUGUUGUGAUAUUUCGAAAGAUGCUGAAAUGAGACAAAAAAUGUUCACCUUGAUGUCCCAGCUUGUUGUCAAUUCAAGCAAUGAUGCUUGUGUUCGGACGAUGUAUCAGAAAUACACCAUCGGGAUGAUUAAGCAGGCUAUUUUACCGAACUGUGUUUGGAAAGCUGGAAGAACAGCUGCUGCUAUUCGUGCUGUUGCAAUUUCGUUUCUUUGGGCGUUACUGCAAUCUGGUGUGGUUACCGACGAUCACCUGCGAGAGUGUUACAACGAGCUUCAUACUCAGCUUAUUACUUGCCUCGAUGAUUUCAGUGAGACGACUCGCUUAGUUACUGUGAAAGUUUUGUUAAAGCUUUUAAUUGUUUGCAAAGCAGCUAUGCAAGUUGAACAACUACACGUUAUUUAUCCUGAGUUGUUAAAACGUAUGGACGACAGUUCGAAUGAAGUAAGAAUAGUCACGUGCAAAGCAUUUUCGGCAUACUUCAGCGCACUUCCAGAAGAUUACGAUCGAGAUUUUUUUAAAGCUCAUCUGGAGUUUAUUUACAAAACGUUGCUCAUUCAUCUAGACGAUCCAGACGAGACCGUGCAGAAAUGUGUCACGCAGUGCUUGCAAGAUGGUGCUCACCUUCAUCCUGGUUUGCUGAAACAAGAAGUUGAAGAUGUUGCCUUGAAACAUCGCUCGAGAAAGUUUUGCGAUGAACUAAUAGAAGUAUGUAAAAGUAAACUGGCUAGCUGAGAGAUAUAUAGAGAAGGUAUGUGGGAGAUAUCCGUGCGAAUCCAUAUCGUAUUAAUACUUAUAGUAUUUGUAUUAGUUUCAACUGAGCAGUCAAGCGUGUAGAAUGCUAAAAUGUAAAGUUUUUUAUAUUGCUGUAAAUUCUUGAGGUUGAUGUUCAAUCAAGCUGUUAAUAAAAAGAACUUCUGUAAAUGA